UUUUGAAUUCGAAUUCCUUAUCACUCAUCCUUAACAUUCUGGAGAAAUAGUUUGGGUUUGGGAGAAGAUGGUGAAUGUCAUGUUGAAUUGACAACAGGAGCAGAUGGCUAUGGUAGUGCGCGCUAUUAACUAUUUCAUCAUCCCUUUAUUCCCUGUCCGUCUACUUGGUUAUUAACUAACAAUGAAAAUGGACGACGUCGACGACGGCAUCGACGAGCCGGAUGACUCGCUUGUGCCACCAGGCCUCUUUCUUGACCUGGACGAUGUAGCUCCCGACGUCGUUGCUGCGGUGAAAGAAGCCGCAUGCAAUGCGGCGGGCCUGGCGCGGGAAGAAAAGGGCCUCCGAAGGGCUGUCUUUACCGAAACCGAAGCCGAACGGGCUCAGAGAUUAAAGCCAGAGGAUCCUUCAUGGCGCAUUAGGAACAACUGGGGCACGUGGAAGGUGAGUUCACCCAUAUGGAAUGCACGUGAAGAUCCUCGGUUUGAAGCGCAACCGAAACUUCCCGGUCGGGAUGUCAAUUUCUUGCUUGCUAGUGGUGGCCAUCGAAGUGGCCAAGGUCAACGAGGACCACCUGCUCCUCGAGAAGAGCAAUUAUAUGAAGACUAUGAAGAUGACUCUGAUCACGACCACGACGACUCUGGCAGCGAAUCGCCAACUGCGUAUCGAAGGAGUACAUCAUAUGUCAAAGGGCUGAUUUCUAGAUCCCAAGGUGGACAACAAGGUGCUGCAGCUGCCUCCAGAGGUGCUAGAGGUAGCUUUGAUGACGAAGCUCAUGCUGAUGACUUUGGAGACCGACUACCCAGCAUGGGACGCGGAAUUAUGUCCAUGCAAAUGGAUGAAGAAUCUGGUUUUAUUUUGCCGGGUCUAAGUCCGACCGCUGGCGCAGCUGCAUUCUCUUCUGCUUCGAGAGGAAAAGCAUCUUCUUCAAAUAAUAUCGAUGGUGACCACGAAGAUAGCAAAAGCAUGCUCGCUUCAGGAGCGAUAACAGGCAGCACAUCUUCAGGGUCUUUCUUCAAAGACAUAAUAGCACAAGGACAACAAGGACCACCUAUGAUGUUGUCGAACGUGAAGAACAGUGCAGCUACCACCAGUCCCUCUACAAUCGAUCCAUCCGACUUAUGGGGUGAGACGGUGGAAGGCGAGCUUUUAGAAAGGGAGAGUUGGAGAAAUCCAGACUUGUUUUUAGGUACUGAGAACCUAUUUUUCCAAGAACAGGAGGAAGAACCACCGAGUCCUAGAUUUCGACAUUUUAUCCAGUGUUUGAAGAUGGCAUCUACUGGUGCUGGGGGAAGUAGUAGUGCUACUGCUACGUCUAGUUCGAGUACGAGUACCAAUCUGCAGUCGAAUGGUAGUACAGCUAUACAGAAGGGCAGCGCUGAGCCAGAUGUCCAGCGAAUUCUAAAACAGUUGGUGGGCGGAACGCGAGACAGGAAAGGUCGAUGGACCUUGGACAUAGGAGAACAGAAGUUAUUCGAAAACUGCUUUCGUGACAUCAGGAGUACAACUACUAGACCACUAUCUUUGCAACGCACUAGAUCAGGCAGUCAUCAUCUACAACAUCAUCAUCAACCAGGAGGAAGUGUUCAACAUCUUUUACAAAAUGGUGGUAGUGCAGAGGAGCUUCGUCGUGCCACGAUGUUUGAUUUUACGACCGCAAAAAGUUUGUACGAUGAUCGUGAGGCGCGUGAAAGUCAGGACAUGGCCCAAAGGUAUCGACGUGCAGCUGCAGGCCCUGGUGGAGAAUAUGCUAGGCUUCGGGAAAAGCUGGUGGCUUCCCAAAUUCAUGGUGAAAAACGCGUCUCCCACAACCCGCUAGCCCGUUAUUGCCGAGGAACGCUGCCACAUACAGCGCAACCGACACUGGAGAGACGGCAGUUUAACCGCGAUAUCGCAUGGCUAGGGCCAGUGAAAAUUUUAGGAGCAUUUGGAUGUGGAGGUGGAAGUUCAUCUUCGUAUUCUACAACUGGUGCUAUGAUGAAGGGAGAGGCGCGAAAGAAAGGAUCCGAAGAUACUUUGUUGCCGACAGAAGAGUCAUCGGCCGGUGGAACAGUACGCCACGAACAGGAAGCAGGUUCUCAUGCAAAAACAUCUUCCAGUGCUCACCAGCCAGGCACGACAUCGGUAGCGGCUCCCAAGGUUGCUGGUCGCGCUGCGCGAACAGAGGAAGCUGGCGACUGCUCCUUGAUGCAACCCGACUGCGAGACGACGCUUGUCGAGCACAGUACUCCCACACCCUUAAUCAUGCCCUUACGUGGUAUGCAAUAUUCCUUAAAAGCUUUGGUGGAAACCUCAAGUGCAGGAGCUCCCGGACAGACCGCGUCCCAACGCGAUGCAGGCGGUGUCCGUAUAGAGAAAGUUCGCGCUAGUGAACCUUUACCCGAAGUCUUAGGUGGCGAAACGGUCAGAAUGCCAAAGGGGCAGAAAGUUAAAUUACUGCAGACGUCCGUCUCUCGUGCUCCGGUCCAAGAGGUUCCGGUCGGUCAGAAGGGCGUUUAUCGAGACUAUUUGUUGAUCCGGCGGGUGCCGAAAGUGUGGUCACAAAAGGGUGGAAACAGCAGUUCUGGUCGUUCUACUAGUAAUCUUUUUCGCUCCGGAGGAGGUGGACAGCGAACACCAACAGGCAGUAUCUUCAAAGACGCCAAUAACACUGCUGCACAAAAUAAAGGUAGCUCAUCAAGUUCUUCUGGAGGUCACGGCCAACAUGCAUCGUCGUCUCUCCCUUCUGCUAGUACCUCCUCUACUACAGCCCCAUCCCCGAAGAGGGCAACGUCCUUCGUGACCUCCUCUGGCCGUCACAUCGACUUGGCGGAGGCAGACUGGCAAACAGCUAGGGCACAGCCUGAAUUCGUGGUUCCGGAUAGACAUUGGGAUCGGUAUGUUGGCACUAUAGUCCGGGAUCAGGAGUCGUUUCGAACGGGUGUAGUGAUUGAGUUCGGCGUUCAACCAAUGCAUGCUAGAAGUAGAGAUCAAGGAGAACAAACUUCUGCAGGAGUAGUAGUAGGCAGUAGUAGUACUACUACUACUUCUGCAGGAGGAGGUCCUCUUGCGCCGGGUACUACUGGCACCGGUACAACUAGCAGCGGUUUAGCUCCUUCCGGUACAACAGCAGGGACUACUUCUACUAGUGGCACAUCAAGAACGAGUGGCACUACAGGACUUUCUUCUGGUGUAGUUGUCCUCCCAAGUAGAGGCGGAUUGUUUCCCGGGACGAAGAAGGUUUUGGUGCCGCAGCCAAAGAUUCUUUUCAACACCGGUGAAGUAGAGCUUGGGACCGCAACGGAGUGUAUUGUGCAACAGGAGAUCAAUUUAUUGACCGGAGAAGUGACCAUUGUAGGUCGAGGAGCCUUGGAUCCCGGUUUCGUGCUGAAUAAUCCGCGGAUGCUGCGCCAAGCCCGUACAUGGUACCAAUACAAGAUUGCGAGCGACAGCAAAAAGUUCCUCGUCAAAGUGCAGCCGCAAUUGUUUCUGCAACCACUACGACGACUGUAUCUGCACCAAGAUCAGGCUUUGGAGCCUGUGAGCGCCGUCGCACGACCAGCGGACGUCGCGAAAACGCACAGCAAUAGCAUCGCCCAAGCCGCUCGACGAGUGAUGACUAGAUUGGAGGAGUUCAAUAUUAUUGGGAAGGUCACCUCCGCACACAGCACAACGGACGAGCAGACCCGAAGUAGCAUGGUCGCGUGGUCGCGCGCGGCCUUUGGCGCUGAUGUGGAGCCUUUGUUGACUUCAGCGAUGGUGCUCGCUUUUGAAAGCAAUCUCACAUUGCAAGAUUGGGAAACCAAAUUUCACGUCAACGCAGAAGCUGCGUGUGCGCGCCAAGCCUGCGUAGAUGCAGUUUUUAUUAUGACAUAAGUUUCAUUCUUGUUGUCUUCAUAAUGGGAAUGAAGAUGUCUAAGCAGCUACCCUCUUGUGUCUAGUACCUACGAAAGUACAUGAAUCAUCUUGAACUCCCUUGAUUGUACUCGAGAGAUAUGGGUUUUACGAAUUCCUCCAACCAAGAUCCAUGGUUUCAGACGAAAAGAAACCACUAUGCAUCUAUUACACGUGAAGGAUCUCUAUCUCUAAUCCCUACCUCGUGCGUCGCGGGGUCGCGUUUUUGACUACUAUGAGAAUGAGCGGCUUCGAUGAAAGGUUGCGUCGCGCGUUACAGGCGAUGGAAAUUCUAGAGGACUAUUAUAUUCGACGUGUAGCCGUGAGUGCAGAAGGUCUCGUGCCACCUACAGAUGCGCCUUUGGCUUUGUCUGCAUUAGGAGAAGAUGGAACUUCUUCUACAAGAGGUUUUGCCGGAGCAGGAAAAGUUUCCAAAGUUUCCACCACUACUGCUCAACUCCUUGCCAGUUCCGGUGGUAAUGCGUGGCGGUUGGUGCCACCCGCUGUUUUCAUCGUCGAGAAUAUGUUACAGUGUCCCUGGGUCCAGGCAGCUGACUAUCAAUUGGCCAUCGAUGCGCCAGAAAAGUGGUCUUUCCGAGUAGAUCGUCGAGGGCGGCUAAACGGUUUUCAGAAAGUCGAGAAACUGCAACAGGACAACGAAACUCUGUGCUCAGCGUUGAUUGGCGGGAAGAGGCUGGAUAGGCAGGCUUUGGUGCGGUACUUCAUAGAGGUGAAGAAUCAGCCAAGACUAGUAGCGAACAAGGAUGCAAGUGAGUUGCUGGAUAUGUACAUGAAGAUGCGGGGCUUUACCCCAGCCCAGAAAGAAGCAGUGCGAUUGCAGAGAGAGCUUGCGACAAGGCAGAGGCGUGAUAUUGCCGGUCCGCAGAAACGCGUGAUGUACGAAGAGUGCUUGAAUCGCUGGUACUGGCUCCACGGCGUGCAGCAGCUGAAGCAAGCCUGUGCAAGGGGUCAAGAACGACUACGGAGUAAAAAAGCUGAUCAUUUCCCGAUGGAUGACGUUCACCUUGAACAAGAGGAGGAAGUGAUUGCAGAUUUGUCAUCUGUUGUUGGAGGAGCGCGAGGUGGGGGGGCAAAAAAACCUCCGAAACCUGCUAAUUAUACCACUACAGCUACCUCCUCUGCUAGUACUGCUCUUCAAAAAGACUACCUCACAGAGUCUACGAAGCGUGUGCAAGCUGAGUUGCGCGCUGUACUAGCGCAUAAGCAUGGAGCGGGCCUUUUCGCGGCGUCGGACGAAGAGUUCUCAGAUGAUGGGGCGUCGACAGAAGAUGAAGCCGCCAUCCACGAUGAGUUCAUGGACGAAUUGUUGGACGAGGGCGUGGAAGAGAUAGACUCCGGUGACGGCGUCCGUGUAGGGAUUUCUAACGCAGCAAAUGCGGUUGUUCAGAAGAAGCCAGGAGGUGCAGGUGCCGGGUUGUUGGAGACCUCUACUAAACAAGGUGAGACAUCAAAUACUAAGAUUACUACUACGAAUCUCAUUGUGAGUACGAGUUCUGAGGAGGAACCAGGAGGCGACUUGGCAGGAGAUGCAUCAUUGGUCAGCGGUGGAGGCGGGAACAAUAACAAGGGCGGAAAUGGUGCUUCUAGUACUUCUAAAAAGAACGAUCUGUUUGUCAACAAGCUGCAAGCGCAAGUUAGUGCUGGCACUGGUGCUUCUGGUGCUUCGUCCAAGGUGGCGCAACCGCCGUCUAAGAAAGCAGAGGACGACGAUUCUGAUGAUGAUGAUGAUAUUAUGUUCAACUACAGAGGAAGAACGACGUCCGCUGCCGAUGACAUACGCGAUCUCCUAAACCCUGUGAUGGCCCCAACGGUCCUUCCGCAGAUGCAUGAAGGUACAAAGAAGUUCGAUGACUCAUAUUGUUAACGAUUGAUGUUCAUCCAGGCAGAAAUAAUAAAUUUUCGAUUUUUAACAUAUCACACACACCAAAAGUACUUAAAGUCUCCAAUAUGAUUCUAAUCAUGCACAACUAAACUACUACUACAGCACCUUCGCGUCUCGGCGCAGCAGGAGAUGAUCUCUCUGAUAGUGACAGUUCUUCAUCUUCCGAAGUUAAAGACGAGAAACACCGUGUGAUGCGAGUUGUCGUGCUGGCUGAGAAAUCUACUGCUGGCGUCAACCUCGAUGCCAUGCAGAUGGACGGUGAGCAAAGGCAGAAUCGCGUCAUCGCUCUCUACAAGUACGUCUUUGACGAGAACAUCAAUGCCUACUUGCGAGAAAGGAACGAGCAGCAGAGAAAACUUUUCGACAAACACUUCAGCGACAUGCGGGGAUCACUGUCAUUUCUGCAAAAUGCGACGGCCGCGGCAAGGAUGUACAUGAAAAACAAGACCAAGAAUGCUGCAGAGGACUCAUCUGGUGGAGACCAGCAAGGUUGCCCAGCAUCUUCGGGAAGUGAUGCUGAAACAGCGAAUGUUGAACAUCAAGGUGGAUCUUCUGAUGUCGGAGCUCCUACUGUCGGAGCUCCUAGCACUGGUGCUACAACUACUGGUUCUUCAUUGGCCUCAAAUAAGGAGCCACAGUAUAGUAAGAAAAACUACUACAUGGCCUCCAGCAUCGCAGCUCGUUACGCUGCUCGAUCUCAGAAUUUGAGACAAGCGAGACGCUUUCCAGCACCCCUACUCGAUGGUGGAGGCUUCGCUUCGGCUUCUCAAGCAAGGCGUAGUCUUUGGCGCGACCUCGAGCAGCCAAGAUGGCUUGGCCAACCAGGGGACAGAACAGAUUGGAGCAUCAAAGAGGGGAAAGCAGCGCAGCAUUACAACUCAGAAGUGAGAGCACAGUUGCUUGGUAGUGGGCAGGGAGGGAACGACUCCGGAUCAUUUUCUGGUAGUGGUGGUUUUUUGAGCCAGAACUCUGGAGGAUCUGGUCUCAAUCGUGGUCUAGGCAACGCAGGAGCUUCGUUUGACUCUGAAUUUGACGACGAUCGCGCAGUCCUCGAUUCCCCAGGAGAUGACAUGGGUGCUUCUACAGGCCUCCUAACGGCGCAAUCGGCUGGCUAUGUUGCAGUGCCAGGCAAUAGUGUGGGAGGCUUGACUGGAAAUCAUGGUGGAGGAGGCUUGACUGGAGCUGCUGGGCAAUCAGUCGGAGGUGGCGGAGGAGUACUGGUGAACAAUCCUAAACGCUUUAGACCUCUAGACAGUAUCGAUGAGGUGUCCGAAGAUGCGUCUGAGGGUGAAUUGGAUCGUGACUUCUACCGCAAAAUGCGGAGACGUUGACUUUCCCGUAUUACGACUCAAUCUGAAAAAGUCAUCAAGACAACCCUAGUUUACAACCGUGAUCUGAGACGAGAAUAGAGCAUCAAUCCCAAAUCCACAGCAUCUCCUAUCCAAUAUACGAGUAGCCAUAGUUAGAAGACUCUUUUAUGGCAGAUUAUACGAGCCAGAAGUAUCUUCAGAGCCUG